CUCUCAUUGCUACUUCACACUCCCUUACAGUACUCACACUUUUCAAGGACACCUGAACAACAGAGGAGGAAAGACUCUUAAAUUCUGAAGGGUUUUGUUUGUUGGAAAAUCUGUGGACUCACUAUUUAAGUUUUGUUCUGUCAUCAGACAAAGAGCUAGCAUGUCGAUGGGUAUGGAGAUUGUGGGCAUUGCCCUUGGAUUCAUUGGAUUUAUCAUUGCAAUAGUGACAUGUGCCCUGCCAAUGUGGAAGGUGACCGCCUUCAUCGGAGCCAACAUCGUCACGGCUCAGACCAUCUGGGAAGGUUUAUGGAUGAACUGUGUCACCCAGAGCACGGGCCAGAUGCAGUGUAAGGUCUACGACUCGAUGCUGGCCUUGCCUCAGGAGCUGCAAGCUUCCAGAGCAAUGACCAUCGUUGCCAUCAUUCUCGGGGUGCUGGGGGUCUUGAUCUCCAUUGUCGGCGCCAAGUGCACCAACUGCAUUGAAGACGAGCCAUCCAAGGCCAAAGUGAUGAUCAUAGCCGGGAUCUUUUUCAUCCUUGCUGGCCUUUUGGUCCUCAUCCCUGUCUCCUGGACCUCCAGCGUCAUCAUCCGGGAUUUCUACAACCCCCUCCUGACCGACGCGCAGAGGAGGGAGAUCGGGGCAUCGCUCUACAUUGGCUUUGGAGCUGCCGCCAUGCUCCUGAUUGGUGGGGCGAUGCUGUGCAGCAGUUGCCCACCAAAAGAGAAGCAGUACAAGCCACCCCGGAUGGCCUACACCGCACCGCGCAGCGCCAGUGCAGGUGGAGGGUACGACAGGAAAGACUAUGUUUAAACGCCCAUGGAGUGUCCGAUAGAUUGAUUUGGACAGUAACAUUAAACAAAAAUGUUUGUUUAGGGAGUAUUUGUGUGUUAUUUUUUGCUGUCAGAUGGUAAACCCCACAAACAGACUCCGAGAUGAAGAUGAGUGUACAACUAUUGAUCUUUCUGCUUUGCUUUUGGCUGACUGACAUAUUCAUUUGUUUAAAUCAUUUUGUCGCCUUUGCUCCGCUAUAAUCCAGCAGGCGUGUCUUGUUAAACAGGCUCUUAUGUUCAGUAUAGGAACAUGAGAGCCUGUUUUCCAGGAAAACAUAAUUUUAUUCUUUUGAAAUGUUAAACAGCGUCCCUCUGAGUACAUGUUGUAUUUAUACAAAAACUUUGGUGGCAUUAUGUGUAUUCGAAAACACCUGCUGCUUGUUUGUGUGUGUCGCUCCAUAAUUAGCUGUUGGCCCUCUGGUGUCACAUUUCACUGAAGCUUUCAUUCAAAAUGCUUUGUGCCAUUUCACUAACAAUGACAAGGAAGAGUCAGCUCUCAUUUUACAUGGAUUUGGUUGUGUGAUUGUUCUGUGCGUGUGAGUGUGUGCGUGCAUGUGUGCACGUGUGUGUGUGUGUGUGUGUGUGUUUUGCAUGUAAUAUUUGCUUAGGAGAGUUUCUGCUGAGACUGAAACUAAAGAUGGAUUCACGAUAUGGCCCCAGGUAACAACUAUCUCUUCUUCCUCACAGUUUCACUGUCUGAGGACAUAGAACAGAACUUAUUUCAGUUGGAACCCAAAGUCCGACUUUUUGUGUGUCCAAAUGUAUUUUAUAUUUCUGUAAUAAUAAUUUGUAAUGUAUUUUAACACCACAUCUUCCACCAUGUGUCUGCAUUUCAAAUAGUUUGUGUUGUGUCUUAGUUUCAAACAUGUAUCUAUCCAAGGAAGGUUAAAUCAAGGGCAUCUGGACUUGAAGAUACUUUUAGACUUUAUAUCUAUUAUGAGGCUGUACAUCCUCUGUAUGUCAAACAAAGAGCCAUGAUCGCCAUCUCUUUGAAAAUAAGUAGAUUUUGUGUUCAAAGUUUAACAUAAUUUGUAACUUAGGUGUUGCUCAAACAUGUUAAAAGAGAUGAUUUAUAAUAUUCAAUGCUUUGUAAAAUGUUUUAUAGUAGUGCUUGAAUUGCAAAUGUGUUGAAGAUUUUAAUAAAAGUCCUAUUAAGAAUGA